AUGGAUUCCGCCCUUUUUAAUCGGGAAGAGGACGUUGCUGCCGCUCUUUUUCAGCAGGCCGAUGACCAAUUUGAUCGGCUUACCACUGACAGCACCUUGAUCUGCCUUACAUCAGCCUUUACUGCAGCCGCUGUGUCCGAGCUGUUUUGCCUGCAUUCUGUCUACGAAGGGGAAAUUGGAUGGUUUUCUGGAGCGUUGACCAUUUUCCUGGCCACUUUUGCGCUACUUGUCUUCUACAGCGAAAUGCAGACGGCCGCUGGCGCAACUCAUUUCUACUGGUUUGGGUUUGUGGGUGUAUGGAGCUACAUUCGUUUUGCCGAGGUUUUCCCGCUGGCCUACUUUGCGUAUCAGGACGACAAAUAUCGUGGAAUGGGUCUUGCUGGAGGACUUAUGUCUGCUUUCCUUGUGUAUCUACUCUUCAUUUUUAAAAGUGGGAUUGUGGAAAGGCCGCAGGGGGACCAAGAUGCCGAGCUGAAUCAGCAAACCACUUUUCUUCGUGAGAGAUUGGGAGCAUACCUCGCCCAGAAUCUCCGAGAGGCUGCUGAAGAGUUCCCCAAGAAGGUUGUGACGCUCCUUCUGGUUACUGACAUCAUAAUCUUCCUUGGAUCGGCUGCCCUCGUGGAAAAAGUUGGCGGCAAGCUACCAAACCGCGAAAUUACCGUCUCAGCAACCGCAGUGGCAUGGUUUUUUACAUCUGUGCAAGCGAUCGUGAACAUACACCGAUGCAACGAGUUGAGCGCCGCUGGCACCGGCAGCACAGUUCCAGCGAUUCGUCCCUUGCAUGGAUUGGUGGCUGUAGGCAUCAGCAUGAUAAGCCUUGUCGUGGUCACUGCGGUCGUGUGGUCAGAAAAGCUACCGGACAACGCAUCGAUUUGGGGCAUUACAUUUGCCGUCAACUUCGGCUUCAUUGCCAUCAAGCUGUACCUGCUUCACAAGGGCAAUUUCCCUAUGACGUGGUUCACUUGCUGCUGUUCGAAGUGA